AUGGACUUGACCCCGUCAAAGGUCUCGGAGUUACGCAUCGUGGUUGAGAAUGGCGACAGUGACGGCGACUUGGGAGCUGGGGUCAGACGCAAGCGUCGCCUAGCCCCUUGGAAGCAUCUCAAGUGUGAUUACGCCAGCUCGGUCUGCGCCAGGUGUCAAAAAAGUGGCGAGAAGUGCAUUCGAACCGCUGAUCGUGUCAAGUUCAGGCACGGGUCUAGUGCAAAAUAUGAUUCUAAAGGAUUCGCUGCCAGUCAAGUCUGGGUGAGACCAAACAAAUCUUCCGGUAGGUGGUUCUCCAAACAGCCUCAGCAGCCCUCAGCAAACCUCGUCUUCGAACUAAAGUACAUUGACGAAACUGCCGAGAUAGCAGCGAUAUAUGGUCAAAGUGAAGAAGAUUCCGACAUCGACCAUGAAUCGCAACGGGAACGACGGCAGCGGCAGGACCAGCAGCAGGACCAACAACACGAACAGCGAAAUGGACAGAUGCAGGAAGAAGGAGGGAGCGCACAAUCACAAUCUGACAUUGCAGAUGCUUCUCAACUUGACCCUGAUUUCACACCAACAUAUACAGCCGACGACCUACCUGAGGAAUUCCAAAACCCCUCUACAGCAUUAUUCUCGACAGCUGAUGCCAAUUCCUCGCCCAGCGACUGCCUUCGCGAUUCUUCACAAUUAUGUGACACAUCAUGGAAGCAGCGCUUCCAGACCGAGCAGUCCACAGCUGGCCAGUCAGAUCGCCUGCGGGGGUUUUCUGGCUCCCAGACCUCAGUGCCCUUUCCCUCUACCACCCAGAGCCGCAGUGUCAGAGACACCUCCACACGGAGCUCUUUUUCGAGUGGCCUUGUCAAAAUACCUCCCAGCGCUGUAUCUCAGACCGCCAGCUCUGAGCUCGAAGUCACACUUUUACGAUACUUCAUUGAUGUACUGGCGUGCUGGUUUGACAUCUGCGACCCCGAGAAACACUUUGCACUGAUUGUGCCCCAUCGAGCCCGCUGGUGUCCACCCUUGAAAACCGCGUUACUCGCAUCUUCGGCGCGUCACAUGACACGUGUCUGCAAUCCGAUGUCGAAACCUGGUUUUGUCUACGUUCACGAUGGUGAGGUCUUACCCGACCUCACCGAAGAGACGGCAUUACACUAUCAUAGCGAGUGUAUAAAAGAUUUGGUCCAGCGGAGUAUGAAUAUGGAGCAGCCGCAAGACGCAAGUCUCCUCGCUGCCGCAAUCAUCCUGCGCUUCUACGAGGAGAUUGAUGCGCCGCUCCGUGAAGACCCGGGUGACAAUGAGCUCUUUCUGCGCGUGAUCAAUGUCUUUAUUGACGCUCAAAUCCCUUCUGCACCUGUGGUCCCGCACAGCUCUCCCGUGAUUACCGGGCCCGAAAUAGCCACAAAUCCGUACGGAUCUUUGCUCUUCUCGCCUCAGAUCACAUCAUCUCCGAACGCUCCUUCCCAGAUCUCCAGCCGCAACGAAUUUCCUUCACAUUGGCGUACCGACGGGCUGCGCCAGGCAGGUUUCUGGGUAGCUUUCAGACAAGAGGUCCACAGCGCCUUCUUGAAGCAGCGGCCUUUCAAUCUCUCUCUCGCCCGUUGCGAAGCGUUCCGCAGUUUCUCGCCCGCCGAGGACGCCGUCUGGGCCGAUCGGUUGGUUGUGUUCUGCGCGGAUGUGCUAGAAUUUUGCUACAAUGACAACAAAGACCAGGCGUCGCAGCAAAAGCCCGUUGAGUCAACGAAAGAUCGUUGGCUGACCUUGAAGCGCUAUGAGAAGACGUGGAGAGAGGUUCUGCCUGCCAGUUUCGAACCGAUCUAUUACCGGGAUCCCAACCGCUUCAAAGGAGAAGUCUUUCCACAAAUAUGCUACAUGGUCGAUUGUCACGUGGUGGGAGUACAAUAUGUGGAACUCGCGAAGAUUCUGCUCUCAGUCUACGAUCCUACACGACCAAAGCUUGGACCAGGCUACAUUGCAAGUAUGCGUUCCUUGUCUAGCGAGGUACAGGCGGCCGUGUUACGUCUCUGCGGCAUUGCCACGAGUAAUCGCAAGUGCCCUCCAGCCUUGGUCACGGCUUUUCUGGCCAUUGCCAUGUGUGGAGAAUAUUUUCAAGACCCGCUGGAACAAGAGGCUUUGCUCGGACUUUUGGACGAGAUGGAGACCAAUGGUUGGCCUGCUGGUGAUACGAGACAGACUCUGAAAGAGGCAUGGCACAGAGCGAGCGAAUGA